AUGGGUGAAGCAAGAGAUCUUGGUAACCCCUAUGAACUGCGUAUAUCCGUUUCAACGCGAUUUUGGCUCUAUUUGAUUCCGAAUAUUUCUUCAGUUUUUUGCUCAUUGUUUGUUUUGUAUCAUUUUCUGUUUGACCGAACACUUCGUCAAGCAUUAAACAAUCAUAUUAUGAUUGUUCUUCUAUUCAUUGGCUUGAUCUAUGAAGUAACAAGUGUUCCGUUGAUGCUUAAUUUUUAUCAGAACGGUAAUUCGUGGACAUUCUCGCCACAGUUUGCGCAUUUCUGGACAUUUGUUGAUUAUCUGUGUUAUUCAACACAAAUUGUCGGUUUCGCUUAUGCGUCAAUUGAACGACACAUUCUCAUAUUCCAUUCCAAUUGGGUAUCGACAAGGAAGAGACGUUUCUGGAUUCAUUAUGUUCCAUUAACAUCAGUUGUAGUCUAUCAAGUUGCCUAUUAUUUUUGGAUUAUUCUUUUUCCGUUUUGCGAAGAAAUUCUUCGUCAAUCACCGUUCAAUGGCGUCCCCAUGUCUUGUGCAUUGAGUAAUCCGGUGCUCUACAAAUACAACACGAUUGCUCAUCAAUUUCUUCCUGUCGCCCUUAUCAUUAUCUUAAAUAUUGCUCUACUUUUCCGAUGCUUAACAAAGCUGGAUCUUUCUUCAAAUCAAAUUGGUGAUACCGGCGCACAGUAUUUAGCCGAUGCGCUACGAAAUAACCAAACAUUGAUCACGCUGAAUCUUGAAAGUAAUCUAAUGCAGAAUACUGGUUUGGAAUAUUUACACAACGUCCUCAGAGAUAAUCAAACACUCAGGGAACUAAAACUCGCUAAGAAUCCUGGUAGCUUUGGUAUGGCAGUGAGUGCGGCAAUUCAAAUACGGAAUAAUCAGGCGAUCACGACAAUUAGCGUCCAAUAUGGCAGUAUUGAUGAUGAAAGUAUUAAGUUUGUAAGUGAAGCUUUACUUCACAACCAAACGGUGUUCGAAUUGAAUCUUUCGUCUAAUAAACUUGGUGAUACUGCAAUGCGAAAUUUAUGCAAUGUGUUGCAAAAUAAUACCACAAUUACCUCAAUUGAUGUUUCAGGGAAUCAAUUUGGAGAUAACGGAGUGAAAUAUCUGGCUGAUGUCUUGAAAAACAGCAAAACGCUCAUCAAGUUAAUUGUCAACAGUUACGAUUUCAAUGAUGACCGUCGAGUCAGUGAUAUUGGAGCACGAUACCUAGCUGAAGCUCUGAAAACCAAUAAAACAUUACAAGAAUUAAAGUUAAAUAUGAAUCCCAGAGGAUACUGUGCAGUUCUACAAGAAGUUGUGAAAGCAAGAAAUAAGAACAUCACUACGAUAGACUUAGGUGGACAUCAAAUACAAAGUGAAGAGCUACAAUAUCUGGUUAGCGAAUUACAACAUCAUCAAACGUUGACCGCAUUGAAUCUGCGAGGUAACAGUUUGGGACAAAAUGAAGCAAGAUACCUUUCUGAUUUGUUGAGAAACAAUAAAACACUGAAAGAGUUAGACCUCACUUACAACGAAAUGAAGGAUACUGGAAUACAGUACUUAGCUAAUGCCUUGUACAGUAAUACGACGCUAACAACAUUGACUCUUGAUGAAACCAAAAUUGGACAUGUUGGAGCGAAACAUCUUGCCAAUGCCUUAAGAAACAAUCGAACACUCCUUACACUUGACAUAAAAUCAAACCACAUUCACGAUAUUGGUGCGCAACAUCUGGCUUCUGCUUUGAGAACCAACCGAACGCUCGAAGUGUUGAAGGUUGGCAAUAACAGCAUCUCGAAUAAACUACGAAGUCAGUUGACGUCAGAAGACCAAAGAUGGUGUUUCACAAUAGAACGUCGACAUCCUUUUGAUGAAGAUGAAUGGCUUUGUUAUGAAUCAGAUUGA